UGUUAAAUUUUUAUAUUGUUCCCUUCCGAGAAGUGGUUAUUCGAAGGGACUUUCGAGAAAACAAGGGGCGUGCUAAAAGCAGCCGAAAAAAAAAAAAGGGCCAGAUGUUUUCAUGUCUAUAAUGAGAAUAUGUAGAAAGUUCCGUAUUUCUCAGAAUGUGGUGGAAUAAAUACAUAAAUAAACCAAACAAUCUCUCUGUGGGUAUAGAAAUUAGGUAUUUUAGAUUAAAAUCGCGUGAGGCGUUAUUAUUAUAGAAAGUACCUACUAAUCAUUUUGUGGUACUGUUACAUGAUUAUAAUAUUGAAUCUGCAUAAAGUGAGGUAAUUUUUCCGAGAAUUAUUAUCUAUACACUUAAGUUUCUCGGUAUUGGUAUUGUAAUAAAAUCAAUUUUAGAAAAUGUAUAACUGUAAAUAAGGGUAUCUAUCGUCAAUAUUCCAGCGAUUUUACGUACUCGUGUGCAAUGGAAUUAAUUCUAUGACACAUUAAAAUUACUGAAACGUUAUGGUAUUUAUCUAUUAUUGAUUCUGUAGUCUGUAGUUUUAAUUGGAAGAAUUCGUACAUGGAAAUUUGUAUUUGUUGGCGCUUUUUCCUUGGAAAUUUUCUGUUUCUGGUUUGUUGAUUUCGGAAAAGAAUUGUUAGUAAUUUUGUCGUAAUACAAAACAUCAAAUGGGAUUUUAGGGAAAAUUUUUAAAUUAGCUUCAACGAUACACAAAGGAAAACGGUUUCGAAAUUUUUUGAAUUCAACUUAAAAGUGUAUUAUUUUUCCUUAUGAAAGAGAUUUUCAUCCAAAAAUCCUGGAGAUUUAAAGUUACAAAAGUAUUUUUUUCAGGCUCCCAAAUGGGGUUUUAGGGAAAAUUUUUGAAUUAUCUUUUUAAAGAUAUAGAAGGAAAACAAUUUCAAAUUUUUUUCCAGGAUCUGGAUCAACUUGGAGUGUAUUUUUCCUAAAGAAAGAGAUUUUAAUCCAUAAAUCUUGGAAAUUUGAAGACACUGUGACGGUGACUCGUAGAAAUAUUUUUACAGCCUCCCAAAUGUGAUUUUACGGAAAAUUUUUAAAUUAUCUUUGAGGAUACACAAAGAACCAUUUCUACAUUUUUCCAAACUCUGGAUCAACUCAAAGUGUAUUUUUUCUAAUGAAAGAGAUUUCAAUCCAUAAAUCCUGGAAAUUUUUAAGUAACUGUGAUGCCUAGAAAUAUUUUUUACAGGCUCCCAAAUGCGAUUUUAGAAAAAAAAUUCGAGUUAUCUUUGAAGAUACACAAGGAAACAUUUUUUCCAGGAUCUGGAUUAACUUAAGUAUAUUUUUGCUAAAGAAAGAGAUUUUAAUCCAUAAAUCCUGGAUAUUCAAAGUCACUGUAACUCCUAGACCUCCUACAGGCUCCCAAAUGCGAUUCUGGGGGGAAAAUGUUUGAAAUAUCUGAUAAAAAUUCAAUUCUAGUAAAAAAUAAAUGCUCUAUACGGUCACAUUAGCACCUGUAGUGACGUCACACUACCGGUAUUUCUUUAUAAAAACUUACAACCUUGGAGUGUGGCUGUGGCUCACUUGCAAAACGAUUUUUUUUCGUCCUUGUCUUUCACAGGCGACAUGGUAAGUUAGAAAAAGACAGACAUACACUAGACAACUGAAUACAGUUUUGAAUAUUGUGAGGUUAUGUAUUGUUAAAUGUUUAUGUUUAUUUUCUUGUGUCUGGUGAAUAUUAUUUAAAUUUAUAAUUAAUUUAAACAAUUAUGGGUGAGUUUGAGUUGCAGAAAAUCGUCGACAACAUUUUGCAUCAUUUAAGUAGCAGCGAAAUCGCACCCCAAGAAGUCGUCGACUAUUUGCAGAAAAACCUCGACCAAAACCAGUCGCUGACAUGCUCUGGGGUCCAACUUAUGGACAUGGACGAGAUCCAGCCUUUGCUGGACAAAAUCGAAGACCCCGAGCCGUUUCUGGGCAAAUAUCAUGAUUUGCAGGCCAAAAAUGUGGAUUGUUUGAAUUUAUUUGUCCAGCUUUUGAAUAAAAUUUCCCAAGAUACCAAUAUAAAAGAGUUUUUGGGUAGAACCAAAAAAAGGCAAUCCCAUGGUGGUACUGGCAGCACGAAUUUCAGCAAGGACAAUAUACCACAUAUCAAAAACGUCCUAAAAGAAGCCCUAAAACAAACCCCCAAAGGAGAUUUGAGCAGCAUCGUAAACCUCUCUUCCUCCUUAGCAGUAGCUUCAACUCCUUCAAUGUUAUCGUGGGUUCAAAGAAAGCCCUCCAUGUCCCUGGACUUUUCCACCACAAGCCUGUCCUGCAGCCACGCAACCGUACCAGAAAUCUCCCAAGAAAACAUUCUAAUUGAGGAUUUAUUAAACAUUCUUAUGGGCGUAGGAGGCAACUACAUUGAACCUGAAGAAUUACUUGAUCCUUAUGGUCCGAGAACCUUUAGGAUCAAUACGCACGUGCCUGCAGCCUUACAGGAAUUAGUGAGGCAAAUUUUACCUUUGGCCAGUCACUAUUCAAUGAUUCAACGUUUCACAGAGGAGAAAACCAGGUUUGAAUUUGGACAAGUGAAUAAUGCUUUGGCUGAGGCUUUUCACUCAGUUGUCAAUGAUCAUAUGAUGUUUGUGGUUCAGCUGGAAACUGAGGCCCGAGAAGGUAGAUUAACUUUGCAGAAAAUGUGGUUUUACAGUCAAAGGAAUAUGCAGUGUUUGGGUGUUGCUGCUGAUAUUGCUUACGCUAUAAGUAAAUCAGAUGCCAUUGGAGGUAGAGUUUUAAGCCUCCUACACGACAAAGUCAUAAAUUCUAGCGGCGAUGAACAAAAACAACAGCUCUGUGUCAAACUGAUGGAAGACGCUUGCGUCCCCUACAUGAGAAUACUAGAAAUGUGGAUUUUCAUGGGCAUCAUAUCUGACCCUUUUAAUGAAUUUCUAGUCGAAGACAACGAAGUGGUGCAAAAAGAAGAAAUGCCCGCCGACUAUUCGGCCGAUUAUUGGGACAAAAAAUACUGGAUAAGACGCGAACGCAUACCAAAAUUCCUCGAGUCUGUAUCAGACGAUAUUUUAAAAGCAGGCAAAUAUUUAAACGUCAUAAGACAGUGCGGCAAACUAAUCAAAAACAAAAUACAACCAAUAGAAUACAAAAUCGAAAAAAUACAUUAUAUUGAAGCCAUCCAUAAGGCUUAUACCAAUGCAAGUAGAACCCUGCUAGAUUUAGUAAUGAAAGAACAAGACCUCAUCAAACGACUAAAGUCAGUCAAAUAUUAUUUUCUCUUAGACAAAGGGGACUUUAUAGUUACCUUAUUGAAUUUAUGUGAAAAAGAAUUCAACAAACCUACUGUUGACGUAAUGCAAGGCCGCCUAGAAGCUCUAAUGGAUUUAGCUUUAAGACUCACCAGUGCAGCCAACGAUCCCUACAAAGAAGACCUCAAAACCGAGCUACUGCCUUACAACCUCCUCUACCAAAUGUAUAGGAUUUUAAGCAUCAAAACAACAUCAGAACAAGAUUUUUCUUUACACAUCGACCCAAAAACCCUCACUGCAAUAGAAUCCUUUACAUUUGUCUACGAAGUGCGAUGGCCAUUGUCAUUAAUACUCAACAAAAAAUCGAUGGUUUGUUAUCAAAUGCUUUUCCGGCACUUGUUUUAUUCGAAGUAUGUGGAACGUUUGCUGUGUCAAGUGUGGAAAUCGAAUAAGGUGGCCAAAAAGUUCCAUUGCGAGGAUGCUAAGCAUUACAGGGCGGCGUUCGUGCUGCGUCAAAAAAUGCUGCACUGCGUACAGAAUUUGGAGUAUCACAUGAUGGUCGAAGUUAUCGAGCCUCAUUGGAAUACGUUUAUGCAGAAAAUACAUAAGGUGCACAACAUCGACGAAAUCCUCGAAUGCCACAAGGACUUUCUGGACAGCUGCCUCAAAGAUUGCAUGUUAACAAUGCCCGUAAUACUCGGAACCAUCGUGAACAUUUUAAACAUUUGCGUAGAAUUUUGCAAAUUCAUGCAGCGGAUGGAGCGGUAUUUCGUUGAAGCCGAGUUGGGUUCUUUGCCGAAUUCGCUCUACGAAUCAUUCACGCAGAACGAUUUCGCCCUUCAAUCUUCAACAAGUACUACAGACAAUAUGAGCUUCAAAAGCCACAUUGAUACAUUUGAAGGAAAAUUUCUGAGCUCGAUCCUCAAGCUGCUGACUCAAAUCAACGAUCUGAACCGAGACACAAGCGAGCACGACCGAUUAUUCAAUUUAUUGUACAGGUUGAAUUUCAAUUCGUUUUAUAAUGGUGCCAAGAAAAAUGUGUCUGGAUGAUUGAUUUUGUUAAUUAUUGGUGAGAAUCUCGUAUGUUGAUUGUGUGCCAUUUAGUUAUUUCUGUAUUUAUUUUUUAUAUUAAUAAAUUUUCAUAUUGAAUUAUACUUGAAGACAAAAAUAUUGGGCUUAUUAUUAUUCUUCCAUUUAAUUAUCCAUCAUCCUCUUCUUUGCUUAUAAUAGUCCUUGGUCUAUCUAUCUAAUGGCAGUCUACCUGGCGGUGGCUGCAGGCAUGCAGCCGGAUAGAAUGGCGCAGCUUGUGGGCUAAGCUGAGUGCGAGGCUCUGCAACUGACUGCAGCCUUGGUAAGGCCCAGUGGCGUAUCUGCCUGUGUGCCAUGUGUGCGAAGCAUACAGGCCCGGGCCCGAGAGGGGCCCGUGAGCUCCAUAGCGAAACUGCAAAAAAAAAACAUAAAAAAAUCGAGAUUACACCAAGAAAAAAAAAGUAGCUACAGAAACUUCAACAUACUGAAACAGGAGAUCCUUCCAAGACCCAAAAUAGGAAUUCUAGGCUUCAAAAAUUUUUCGCAUUUAAAAAAUUUUCGGAUGGAAAAUGCGUCCCUGAUGCAAUUUUGACGCGUUGCUAUGACAAAAGUGACAGAAUCUCAGACAGAAGUGUCGUAACAAUAUGGCGGAAGUGGGAUACGCUUUUUUCUCCUUAUGUCGCCUCUUUAUUAUUCUACCUCAAUGAUUUUUCCUUAAUUUUACCUAAAUAAGUCAAUUUUCUUUGAAUUUUUCCUGGAGUGAUUUUUCACUGGAAAAUUUCGAAAUUUCCCUAUAAUGAGCUCCUCACUUUUCUCUUUAUCCUGAAAAAUUUUCAAAAUUUUCCCUUUAGCAGUUUUCCAAAAAAAAAUUUAAAUGUGAAAGGAUGAAUUUUGCUUAGAAAAGUCAAUUUCCAAAACUUUCCUAUCGACUUUCCUUAGAGUGAUUUUUCACUAGAAAAUUUUGAAAAUUUCCUAUAAUGAACUCCUCAUUUUCUUCUUUCUUCUGGAAAAAUUUCACAAGUUUUGCUUUAUUAGUUUUCCAGAAAUAAAUUAAAAUGUGAGAGGAUGAGUUUUUCUUAAUUUUACUUGAAAAAAUCAUUUUUUCAGAACUUUUCCUGGAGCGAUUUUCCAUUGGAAAAUUUUGAAAUUUUCUUAUAAUGAGCUCCUAACUUUCCUCUUUUUCCUCUUUUGCCAAUUUUCUAGGAAACAAUUGAAAUGUGAGAGGAUGAAUUUUCCUUAAUUUUACUUGAAAAAGUCAUUUUCCAGAAUUUUCCCUAGAGUGAUUUCUCACUGAAAAAUUUCGAAAUUUUCCUAUAAUGAGCUGCUCACUUUCCUCUUUUUCUUGGAAAAUUUUCAAAAUUGAAAAUUUUCCCUCUGCCAGUUUUCCAAAAAAAAAUUAAAAUGUAA